AUGCAGCCUACCCAAGCGCUGCAGCGCAGCGUCAAGCGCCUCACCCUCACCACGAAGCAGACCGGAAAGGGAUUCUACAAGGGUACCGGCUCUGGCUCUAUGGGAAAUCACACCAAGUACGGCACCUACAAGAUCCAAUGGUCCAAGGUCCGCACAUACGUUGCCCCCGACCUCAGCUCUUUCGAACUCACGCCUUUCGUUACAAAAACCGUCAAGCAGGCAAGCGGCAGGGGACGUUUCCCGGACAAGCUAGGCCCGUUGAGCGGAAAGCUGUAUUUGGAGAAGUGGAAGGCGGAAAAUGGACAGGACUAG